AUGCUCCGGCGCGGCUCCGCCAUCGCAAAGCGCCAGGGCUACUACCCCAGCAGCGACGUGUGCAACGGGCCCGGUUCCACCUGCGCCUCCGCCUGCGGUGCCGAGUACGUCGAGUGUCCGUCCGACGGAUCAGUCACAAGUUGUCAUUCAACUACAGACGGAAGUCAUUGUUGUACCGACGGGACUGGAAAUGCAUGUGGCCCAGGCGACUACUGCACCCACGAUAACCGCGGCCAGACUUACUGCUGUCCUGAGAACCUCAAUGCAGAAGAGUGUGCAAAGCAGCUCGGCCUCGAUGAACCGCUCAUCCCGGAUUCCGCUGCCACGCCCACGACACCGCCUGUGGCAGAGGAGACAGCCGUAGUGCCUUCGCCUUCGGCAGUGCUGGUGUCGUCUUCAUCGCCUUCACCGUUGCCGUCACCGUCACCGUCGCCGUCGCCAUCGUCGUCGACGACAAGGCCCAGUUCGACGAGGACGACUGCCGAGCCCAGUGCGUCGCUUCCUACAGUUGCAUCGUCGUCGUCGUCGUCUAGACUACCGAAUGCUACGAGCACUAGUCCUGGACUACCUCAGUUUACGGGUGGUGCGGCCAAGAUGGCUGGGGCUGGGGCUGUAGCGUUUGCUGCUGUUGCUGGGCUUGUUAUUUUGUAA